AUGGAUCCAUUUAGCUUCCAAAACCUCUUAAACAGCCAACAACCAAACACCUCAUUCUCCUAUGUCUCUGGUCAAAUCCCUAGUAUAGAACUCUCUGCGUCGGAUGCCUCUGUCUUUGGUUCACAAUGGGCUGAAGAUGGCAACGAACACGCAGAGGCUGUGUCUGGCCGUAAAGAGAGACGUAAAUGGUCUCCAACUAAAGAUGGUGUGCUCAUAAGUGCAUGGCUGAACACCUCCAAGGAUUCAGUGGUUGGGAAUGACCAGAAAGCAGAAGCGUUUUGGAAACGCAUUGCUACCUAUUUUAAUGCAAGUCCAAAGCUGGCUGGUAUGGAAAAGAGAGAGGGAAAGAACUGUAAAUCAAGUGGACAGAACGAGGAUGACAUUUUGAAGAUGACUCACGAUAUUUACUACAAUGAUCACAAUGCAAAGUUCACUAUGGAGCAUGCAUGGUUGGAGCUUCGCAAGGAUCAGAUGUGGUGUGCAUCAUCUUUACGAAAGAGAAGGUUAGCUUAA